AUGCCGCAGAAAGAGUACUGCCCCAAGGGCUACCAACAAACGCAGGCCCAGGAAUCGAGUCCUGCGGUCUUCCUUCACUCUGAAGGUACGAAAGGACGCUCCUUUGACUUCUCCUUUGAGGCCGUUCGUGAGAACCUUUUCCGCGUUACUUUCACCUCCCCGUCCCAUCCUCCCCCUCCAUACCCCAGCGUCACGAAGCCAAAAACUAGCCUGAACGGCAUCGAGGUCGCGACAAGCAGCAGUCCUUCGCAAAUAGACAUCGAGGUUGGAGAUGUGAAAGCCGCAGUCAACUGGGAGAACACCCCGGUGGUCUCGCUGUCAUGGAAAGGUGACAGCAAGCCGCUGUACCGCGACCUCCCCCUACGUUCGUAUGUCAUCGACGGCGACGGCAUCGCCCACUACACCGAGCACGACCGAAAGGCACUUCACGUCGGAUUGGGUGAAAAGUCUGCCCCUAUGGACCUCACCAACAGGCACUUCCAACUCUCAGCCACCGACAGUUUCGGCUACGACGUCUACAACACCGAUCCUCUCUACAAGCACAUUCCGCUGCUAAUCAAGGCGACGCCCGCCGGGUGCGUUGCCAUCUUCUCGACCACACAUGCCAGGGGGACAUGGUCCGUGGGCUCGGAGGUCGACGGUCUCUGGGGCCACUUCAAAGUCUACCGUCAGGACUUUGGCGGCCUAGAGCAGUACCUCAUCGUCGGUAGGACGCUAAGGGAAGUGGUCAGAUCCUACGCCGAGCUGGUCGGCUUCCCUCUGGCCGUCCCUCGCUGGGCCUACGGUUACAUCUCCGGUGGUUACCGGUACAGCGCGAUGGACGAACCUCCAGCCCACCAGGCCCUGAUGGAGUUCGCAGACAAGCUCAAGGAGCACGAUAUCCCCUGCUCCGCACAUCAGAUGAGUUCAGGCUACUCGAUUGCUGAGCACGAGCCGAAAGUCCGCACCGUAUUUACCUGGAACAGGUACCGAUUCCCAGAUCCAGAGAGAUGGAUUGCAGAGUACCACUCGCGCGGUAUCCGUCUCCUCACUAACAUCAAGCCGUUCACGCUCGCCUCGCACCCGGACUUCCAGAAACUCAUUGACGGAAACGGGUUCUUCAAGGAUCCAGAAACGGGAGAGCCUGGUUACAUGCGCCUGUGGAGUGCCGGAGGUGGAACAGGAGGCGAUGGAUGCCACGUCGAUUUUACCUCCGCUGUCGCCUUCAAAUGGUGGUAUAACGGUGUCCAGUUUCUGAAACGGUCUGGCAUUGACGGCAUGUGGAACGAUAACAACGAGUACACCCUCCCUAAUGACGAUUGGCAAUUGGCCCUCGACGAACCGACCGUCGCCGAGGCAGCGAAGAAGCAGACUGAUAACAACACCGUCGGCCUUUGGGGCCGAGCCAUGCACACUGAGCUUAUGGGCAAGGCGUCCCACGACGCCCUUCGUGACCUCGAACCCAACGUCCGGCCCUUUGUGCUCACCCGGAGCGCCACAGCCGGCAAGUCCACUAUGCCCCAACCAGAGCAUCCUGAAACUUCUCUAACAAGUCGACAGUGCGAAGGUCACGAUAUCGGCGGAUUCGAAGGCCCGCAGCCAUCGCCUGAGCUCCUACUUCGUUGGAUCCAGCUUGGCAUCUACUCCCCGCGCUUCGCAAUCAACUGCUUCAAGACAUCCCCCAAUAACAACGAGGUCGGAGAAGUCAUAGAACCCUGGAUGUACCCCGAAGUGACACCUCAGGUCCGUGCCACCAUAAAGCGGCGUUAUGAGAUCCUGCCCUAUAUCUAUAACCUUGGCUUGGAGAGCCAUUUCUACGCCUCUCCGCCCCAACGCUGGGUCGGCUGGGGAUAUGAAUCUGAUCCCGAGGUAUGGAGCAAGAAGCUCAAGCGUGGCGAGGAACAGUUCUGGUUUGGCGAGACCAUCCUCGUCGGGGGUGUUUACGAGCCGGGCGUCAAUGUCGCCAAGGUGUACCUCCCUCGCAAGGCAGGGGACGAGUUUGACUAUGGCUUUGUCAACAUGAACGCCCCGUACACGUACUAUGCCUCCGGACAAUGGGUUGAGGUCCCCUCUAAAUGGAAGGAAAGUAUUGCCCUUCUCGCCAAGAUAGGCGGCGCAAUCCCCGUCGGCAAGUCCGUCCAGACUCGCGUUCCCGGCGACGAGACGGCGGCCUCACUCGCUAUCACCGAGCUGGACGACUACCGCGGGGUGGAGAUCUUCCCUCCGCGCUCAACGUCACAUGGGACCGUCUUCACCACUAGUUGGAUGGAAGACGACGGGAUCUCAGUCGAGCAGAAGGUUUCCAAGUAUACGAUUCGGUAUGAAUCAACGGAAGAUCGGGUGAUUGUGGGGUUUACCAAGGACGAGAGCAGCGGAUUUGUGCCAGCCUGGAAUGACCUGGAUAUCAUUCUGCAUAAUGGUGAUACAAGGAGGGUUAUCGCGGAUAAUGGAAGGGCAGUCGAGUAUAAGGGAACUGAUUCGAGGGGAAGAGAGGUCUAUACGCUCAGGUGUUAA